AUGAACCCCCAUCCACAAUUCGACCCGGCCACCAUGAUCGGUCUAGCCGGUGCCUCACCAGGAAGACCAAACGACAACUUCGACAUCUUCGAAUGGUACCCCCGCUACCAAAGCUGCCAACGCUACUUCCUAGACCACGCCCAACACAGCGUCCCCGUCCAAGCCCUCUCUGCGUUCCUAAACAUCCGCCUCCCAUUCCAACGCCAACCACACCCAGUCUACAACUCAACCUCACCAUCCUCAUCCUCCUCCGCCAACCACGUCCCCCAACCCGACACCCAACCACCAGGUCCCCCCUCCAUCUCCCUGAUCCCCUACAUCCGCCGCCUAGUCGCAACAGGCAUGGACUUCCCCGGCGUUCUACACGGCUUCUUUGGCGACGACUGGGGCAAUGGCGUAGGCCCUAUGCACGAACAAGAGCGCCGCAACUAUCUCUUCGCCGCGAAAAGUGGUGGCUGGGCCUCGGUGAAAAAGGACUACGACAUGCCACCGCUGGAAACUAUCCCUUUCCUCCGUCCGUUGCAGGGUCCCCUCGACGCCGAGAUCGAGGCUGCCGAGCGCAGCUGGAGUGAAUGGCUUGCUAUGGAGGACUGGAUGGUUGGGCCCCGGGCGCCGGAUAUCCUGCACGAUUCGUCCUCGCAGAAUUCGCGUCCAAGGAGUGCGCGCGGAUGA